AUGGUUCGAACUUAUGACGAGGAUCCUCUUGCUCUCGCUAUUGCUCCACCACCCAACGAGACGCUGGCCGAAAGGGAGGUGAGGGAACGAGCAGAAAGAGAGGCAAGUCGAAUAAGCGACGAGAUCGACGCACAACUUCGACGCGAGCGCGAAGCUGAGAAGAAGAAGAAACCAGUCAAGCUACUAUUACUUGGCCAGAGCGAGAGCGGGAAGACUGCGACGUUAAAAAGUUGGGAUCUUGCCUUAUUUCUCUUCUCACCACUGACGGCGUUUCAAAUGCUCUACUGUCGGCGACAAUGGGCUGAGGAACGGACUUCAUGGCGAUGUGUUAUCCUUCUCAACCUCGUGCGCAACGUGAACGAAAUUCUCGACCUACUUGGCCGCGAAAUGCUUGCGGCACAAACUGCUGGUCUACCUCCAGCCUCGUCAUCGCAUCCCAACGUCAAGCCGUUGGGCAUCAGCACUUCCAAUGCCGACUCCCCCGAUUCCUCGCCACUAUCUUCUGACGAAGAAGGCGAAGUCAUAGCCGAAGUGCGGAGAACCAGCAUCGGACUUGGGCCACGAAAUAGCCAGUCGCCACAAUUACGUUUCAAAGAUACCCAUCGUCUACUACGUCUUCGUUUAGCCCCUCUGCGACGCGUGCAGGCCGAUCUUGAAACGCGACUGGGUGCUGCGGCAACAGAAUUAUAUACCACCAAUACAACUUCGGCAGCCCCUUUCGAUCCUAGUACCUCAGGGCCAAAGGAGCGCGGGAAAAAUCAUACCGAGUUCAGCAUAAAUUCACGAAAUGGCUGGAAAACAGCACUGGAGAAGUUCAGGGCAAUACGGAGAAGCGGCGAAGAGAAUGUCCGGAGAGGCGUGCGGGACUUGGAAGACGAGGUGUUGAGUGUGCUUGCUGGCUGUCGAGACGACAUACGGGCCCUUUGGGAAGACCGAGUAGUAAGAGAAAUGAUGGCACGGCGUAAGGCCAGGAUAGAGGAUUCAGCCGGCUUUUUCCUCAACGAUGUCGAUCGAAUCGCCCGAGAGGACUACCAGAUUACGGAUGAAGACAUCAUUCGUGCCAGACUAAGGACCCUAGGUGUCCAAGAGUAUCGAGUAACGUUUGAACACGGUCACUCGGCGGGCAACGAGUGGCGGAUGUACGAUGUCGGGGGUACCAGGAGCAGCCGGAUUGUAUGGUACAGCUAUUUCGAUGACUGUGAUGCCAUUAUCUUCCUUGCACCCGUAUCCUGCUUCGACGAAAAACUGGCAGAAGACAAACGUGUCAACCGCCUCGAGGACAGUUAUAUGCUAUGGAAGAGCGUGUGCUCAUGUAAACUGCUGGCAAGGACACAACUUGUGCUAUUUCUCAACAAGUGUGAUCUUCUGCAAGCGAAACUAAUGCGUGGAGUCAAGAUCCGUGACUCGGUGCCUAGCUUUGGAGAGCGCAGGAACGAUGUAGCAACUGCGACAAAGUACUUCCAGCAACACUUUAAAGAGAUCCAACGCACCUACUCGCCCGUUCAACGCCCAUUCUAUGUCCAUCUAACAUCCGUUAUCGACACGAAAUCCACCGCUGUAACUCUUGGCGCAGUGGAAGAGUCGAUAUUGCGCGACCACCUUCGCCGGGCCGACCUUAUGUAA